GCGCAGUUGCGAGCAGUGAUUAUAUUCCUCCUCAUACCCCUUCACGCUGCACACCAGUUGCAGUAGUGAUUAUGUAACUCUCCCCCUCAUUCCACGUGGCAACUCCUAUUUUCGUGAAUCCGUCGACAUAUACACUUCCACACAAGCGCGUUAAUCCUGCCCAACAAAUAUAUGAGCCAUUUUUAACGUAGGAAAUUAUUUCCCCUCCCAGUUAUUACUUCCUUUCCAAUCUGACCUUUCCGCCUUACACGUAAACCUCCCCCCCCUGCUUACACUCCACAUCACGCGAAAAUGCCGUGUUGCCAAGUCUCCACAAACAUUAACGCCUCCGAUGAUGACGCGAAGAAGGCGCUCUCGCAGAUAGAGAAUGCGAUAUCCCAAGUGUUGGGCAAACCCCUGGGGUACAUCAUGAGCAACCUGGACUACCAGAAGCACAUGCGCUUUGGAGGGAGCCACGACGGCUUCUGCUUCGUGAGGGUCACCAGCUUAGGAGGAAUCAACAAAUCGAAUAACAGUUCCCUUGCAGAUAAAAUUACCAAAAUUCUGGCGAGCACGCUAAAUGUCAAGUCGGAACGCGUCUUCAUUGAAUUUAAGGAUUGCUCUGCGCAGAACUUUGCCUUCAACGGAUCGCUCUUCGGCUGAGCGGUUGGCCGGGCCGUCGUCAACGGGGUGCGCCUUCCAGAGCGCGGCCCUCCCAUCGCCCUAUACCCAUGUUAACAGACUCCAUCGGGAGAACUGCGCAUGUGUGUGCGCUCCCCCGUUGGUGUGCCAUGCAUGAGAGUGAGUAACGAAUAUGCACGCUUUACAUUCAUGUGGACUUCCGUACCCACCUGCACACACAAUCGGCGCAUGACCCAACUGUGCGCAGAGUCGGAACGACCUUUUUUCACACACCACAACUGCGAACGGAGGGAAAAGACAUUCCCCAAGACGUUUAAAGAAGGCGCAUACGAUCGUACUAACGCUGCGGUUUCGUCGAGGUGAUCACCUUUUCGCG